UGCCGUACGUCCAAGCCAGGCUUCCAUGCCUCCGCCGCCCAUAAAAACAUACCCAGCUGCACCAUCGAUCGCCACACACACACACACACACACACACAAAACGCAACCAUCCCUCAAUCGAUCAGGAAACAAGCAAGAGGUCACACGAAUCAACAGCUCACCACCAACAAUGGCCUCCAGGUCGUCCUCUAUCCUGCUCGCCGCGGCGGCGCUGGCGGCGCUUGUGUCCGUGGGCUCCUGCCUCUCCGCGCUCUCCUUCAAGACCGGCCCGGGCUGCAGCGCCACCAAACUGGUCCUCAUCCCCAGCAUCGCCAUCUCCGAGGUGGAGGUCAAGGAGAAGGGCGCCGAUGACUUCUCGGAGCUCAAGGAGGGGCCGACCGGCACCUGGACGCUCGAGGGCAAGGCGGCCCUCAAGGGUCCCUUCUCCAUCCGCUUCGCCGCCAAGUCCGGCGGCUACCGCGUCGUCGACGACGCCAUCCCCGCCAGCUUCAAGUCCGGCUCCGUCUACAAGACCAGCCUCCAGGUCUGAGCAACGGGAUCGUACGACGCACGCGCGGACUGGCCUCGAUCGAAUACGAAUUACAUUAACCACUAUAAAUAACUUUUCUGGAGAGGUUGGGCCCGCGUGCCAGCGAGCCGAUGUUUAAUUUUCCUAUGGUUAAUUAUUUUGUGGUAUUACGCCAUUUUUUAAUAAACUACAUGUCCUUC